CUUCUGCAGUAUUAUCAAAUCUCCGCUAGCUACCUUGUUCUUUCGCUAUAGAGUAGUAGGCUUGGCUAAAUAUAACUUUAAGGGUUGCACGGACCGAGUCUUUGCAGAUUGUUUCCGCAGUCCGCGGUAAAAGCUCGGAAAGAGUGAAUCUUCCGUCGUGACUGUUUUGUGUAAAAUUGUGUGUAGCAAACAAUGCAAAAUGUGUUCCUGUAGAUUACGCCCUCCAAUGAAUGUUUUAAAUUGAAAACGUGAUUAUUAACGAGCCCCUAGAGUAAUUAAAAGAGCAUUAAUUAAAAUGAAUAACGGAAUGAUUUCACUUCAAUACUUCGUUUAUAACGUUUCCGGCGACCCCUUCAAAGAUAAUUUCACAUUUAUCUUCAACUCGAGUUUCUUCGAGGAGACGGUCUGCGAAACGACUCAAACUUUCCUCUUCAAUACUAGUUUGGGAAUCGAAACAGCUGUUGGAGAAUGGGAAGCGUUAACUACUAUCGUCGUAUUGUCUGCCGUUAUUCUGGGGACCAUCUUCGGAAACAUUUUAGUUAUACUAGGUGUAUUUACCCACAAACCGUUACGGAUAGUGCCAAACUUUUUCAUAGUAUCACUAGCUGUAGCAGAUUUGGCUGUCGCGGUAUUGGUAAUGCCUUUGAACGUGGCAUACUCGACUCUCGGUCGCUGGCUCUGGGGCAAACACUUGUGCAAGAUGUGGCUCACUUGUGACAUCAUGAGCUGCACCUCAUCCAUACUUAACUUAUGCGCCAUAGCACUAGACCGAUAUUGGGCGAUCACAGACCCCAUAAAUUAUGCGAACAAAAGAACAUUGAGAAGAGUACUAUUACAAAUCGCUGGAGUGUGGAUGUUGUCGCUUAUUAUAAGCUCACCGCCGCUGCUGGGUUGGAACGAUUGGCCAGAGGAAUUUACAAAAGACACGCCAUGUCAAUUAACAUCAGAGCCCGGUUACGUAGUUUAUUCGGCACUUGGCUCAUUUUUCAUUCCACUAGUAAUAAUGACGAUGGUGUAUAUACAAAUUUACAUUGCUGCGAGACAAAGAUUUAGGAGGCGCACAUUGGCCACAAGAAUAUACAAAAAACGGCCAGUAGUACACGUAGAAAACAAAGAAGAAAGUCAAGAAACUAAAGAGGAAUCGGAAAAUGAUUCUGACAGCGGAGACAGUAUUCAUAAAAAUCAGAGGAACGCCUUCAAUGACAUAAAGAGAAACUUUUUUGUGCCUCUGCUUUUGCUUCACGACCCGCAUGCCAGGCAAAAACUAGAGGAUGGCAUAAAUGAUCAGAAUCUAAAAUUGUCGCCUGGCAGUUGUGGAAGUGUAAAGAAAAGUUCAUCAUUUAAAAACACAAAUCAGAAAAACAGAAGACAGGAAAAGCCUUUACUAACAAGCGUUAGUAAUAGCGGAGACGUGGUCCACCAGUUUAUUGAGCAGAAACAAAAGAUUUCACUAUCAAAGGAGCGAAGGGCAGCACGGACACUGGGCAUUAUAAUGGGUGUAUUUGUAAUUUGUUGGCUGCCCUUUUUCCUUAUGUACGUGAUUUUACCUUUUUGCCAUGUCUGUUGCCCGAGCAACAAGUUAAUUAAUUUCAUCACAUGGCUCGGGUAUGUGAACUCUACAAUGAAUCCUAUAAUCUAUACCAUUUUUAAUUUAGACUUCAGAAAAGCUUUCAAAAAGUUGCUGGGCAUGAAUGCAUAAUGUAGUAGAGAGUUAAAGUCACUAUUUACAAUGGUGCAGUGGUUCUUUUAUACCUACGUGAUGAAUUUUAAAUUGCAGUCAUUCUACAAAGAGUUUUUCCUGAUUUUUGCUCAUCUUUUGAUAUUAAAUUAGCAAGUUAAAUUUAUGCAAGAGACCGCAUAAUUAUCCUUUGAGACUAACUGAUUACUGAUCUAUAUUUUUUAUUUAGCGACUGAUCUGCGGACAUGUAUCAUGUGUAAUAGCCUUAGAUGGCAAGAAUACUAUCGUGGUAUAACUUAAUUUUGAUGUAACUGUAGGUAAAUUAUGGGUGAGUGAAAGUAGGUACCACCGCUACCACCUAGAAAUUUAGUUUAAAUUCCUGUUACCGGGUGAAUAUAAUGUUCAGCGUCACUUUCAUGAUUCAUAUUAUAUUAAGUAAGACCAUAUAACCUAAAGGUACCUAUUUUUAAAGUUUUCAUGGAUUCGCAAACAGAAUAAAUCGUUUUUGUGUUUGAACAAUCUUUGUUUCCAAUGUUUGUUUGUGUUUUUGUUAGCUUUUAUCA